AAAAAUUAAAACGAUUGAAAUGAUUGAAAGUAUAAUAGCCAGAAAACCAGAAAGAAUUGAUCCAAAUCUUAGAGAUCCACACCAACAGAAUGAAUUUAAUAAUGGUUUUGCCAUGAUUCUAUUUUAGGUUUUUAUGAUCUAUCACAGUUCAGGUAAAGCAAACGAUAGUGAAGUAGAAAAGGAAAAUGCAUUUAAUGUUACCGAUGUAAUAUCUCAACCAUCAUUUCGUUUUCCACCAUUUUCUCUUCGUAACGGAACAAAUAUUUAUUCUAGACCGGGUGUUUUAGUAUCAAGUUGGUUACCAGCAUAUUUUCCUCUUCCAUUAUUUUUACAUGAUCAACAAAUUUUCAACAAAAGUAUAGAUGAAGAUAUUGUCAAUAAAAUUGAAGAAGGUGAAAGUGAUGAAGAUUUGAAUAAGUUUAGAGAAAUCGCAAAUCAAUCAAUUUUAAAGGAACUUGUUGGAAUCACGAGUCAAAAUAUUUUAAGCGAAAGUGUAGAACCUUCAGAUCAACUGAUUUCCGAUAAGACUGUAGAUUUACAAAAAAAUUUUAAUGAAACUAAAUCCGUUAUAGAUCAACCAAUAUUUGAUAAAACUAGAAAUAUUCCAAAUCAAACAAUUGAAGAUAAAUCAACGGUCAUUACGAAAUUACAUUUAAUUACAAAAAGUGGAAAAUCGGUCGAUAUGAACCAAUUUACAGCAAAUGAAUCACGCAUUGACAAGUCAAUAAAAAUCACUAAAUUAUACUUGAUUAAUAAAACUGAAGCAAUACAUGAAGAAGAAAGGAAUCCAAAAUUCUAAAUUGUUAACUAAUCUCUAGUCUGAUUUAAAGAAAAUGAAAGUAAAUAUACAAAUGAAUGUAAUAGUGAUUUCUUUAAUGUACGUGUCUAUAUUAAAUUUAUAUGUAUUCUGAAAUAUGUGGUUCAAAAUAGUCAAAAUGUUGACUCAAAUAUUUAAUUUAUUUGCUUGAAAAACUUGCUACUUCCGAAAUUAAAAUAUAAAUUAAGUUUACUAUAAAAUAUUAAAAAAAUAUCACACUAAUUAAGAAUGUAUGAGUAAUGUCCUAGCAAAAAUAAAACUCCUAAAUUAUAUACAUACAUUUAAACAACGAUAUCCACAAAAUAAAAAAUGUAAUUGAAAAACUUUUUUGAUAAAAAAAAUUUAAGUAUUUCCCAUAAUUAUGAACCUCGUAUAAACAUGAUUUUUCCCUAGUUCCGCAUUACAUUGUGUGACCCAUUUUUUUUUUUAAAGCUAUUUACAUUUUUUGAAUUUCUGUAUCCUUUAUUAGCCAUCUCAUGACAUUUUUCUUUACACUGAUUUCAAAUUUCUAUACGCCUCUAAUUUUUGCUCUAAAUUAUAUACUUUCAUUAUUCGCAUAUUAUUCAAGUCACAUAACGAGUUAAAAAUAUUGUUUAGCGGUGUAUAUAAUUAUCUAAUAAAUUACCAUUGUGCGUUAAAAAUUAAUUUACUAUAAAUAAGCAGUUCUUAUUAUGUAAUACAUAUUGUUGUUAUUUGCUCUCUAAAGAACCGUAGAAAAUUAUUUUAUUUUCUUCACCCAUGUUGCAAAAUGCAUCCCACCCAACGAAGAUGACGAAAAAACAAAAAAAAUGAAUUUCAAAUUUCAUAAUUUACCCUAAAAAUAGUGUAUGCAAUCAAAUAAAAUAAUUUUAUUAUAAAUUUUACAAAUAACUAAAAAAACAUAUUGAUUAUCUCUUUAAAAUAAAAACUACUGAUUUAUAUUGCCCACUAUAGUCUUAUAAAUUAGCACAUUUGAAGUGGUUCAUAUAAGUAUACAAAUUAUAUAAGUAUAUGUAAAUUAAAACUUAUGUAGUUUUGAUCCCUGAAGCUGACAUAUUUAAUUUAAUGUUUUGAAAAUUUUACGAGUUUCAAUGUUAAAAAAACGUGUCAAAGUAUUACCAACCGCUUUAUGUAUGUAAUGUUUGUUUUUACUUUUAAGUUUUUAAAUAAAAUGUGCCACGUGACCGGACACACUUCAAGUUUGGUUUUUUUCAAAAACAUUGUUAAAGGGAAGAGGUAUACCACAUCAUCUGCACGUCUCUUAAUUUGUCAUGUUUCAUUGUUCUUCAUUUCAGUUUGUGUACAUUUUUUCUUUUAAUACUCCUGUAUCUUAACUGUGUUUGAUAUUUUAUGUCAAAUAGUAUA